UUUCAUGACAGGGUUUCCUCAUCGACAUUUGAUCUUCACGUUAUGAUGGACAUAUUUUGGGCUUUUCAACGUGUGGUACUAUUAACAUGGAUGAUUUUCAAAAAAUCAGGUUGCACAUGUACCUUACCAGCAGAAUUGCAUAACAGCGCUGACACGUGGAAUGAUAUUGCUUUACAACGGACUCUCACCUUUACAGCAAAUACAAUGACAGGAUAUGAAAUCACACUGGCGGGAGAGACAUUUGACGCGUUUACUUGUAUUUCAAACACAGGAAAUGUAUAUGUAUUUAAAUGUAAUUCCACGUUUUUAAAUAUUUUUACAAAUCAGCCUUCAUUUCUUUGCAUGAAGAUGGUCAAAGUGUCUGAUAAUUUGUUUUAUUAUCAUCUCUUAUCAGAACCAGAUGGAACCGGAACCACAACUCCACCCAAUUUUCGUAUAUACUUUUCCGCUGCUUCAUUCGGAGAUACUGGUCCAGACCCAGCAAUUACGCCUACAUGUGACUAUUGUUCAUUUACAACACCACAUUCCGACAGUGACUUUCGGCCGAUACAAAGACAAGGGACAGCAGAGAACAUCACUCAAAGUGAAGCGACGUUGUGCCUACCGUGCGAGGCCGAUUGUUCAGAAUCAUCAUCAUCACAGCAAAACUCCUCUAAGACAGAUUCUUCUAAUUCUAAUGUUCCUUUGAUUGUUGGAGUAGCCGUACCUACUGGAGUAGUUGCUGUCAUUGGAGUUUCGGCUAUUAUUGCUGUAGUUAUGUAUAAAACACUUAUUUUAAAUGGAGCAAAAGUUGCUGCAGCAAAAGGAGUUUCAUCGACGACUGGUGCUAACGGAAGAUGGGCUACUUAAAGUACAUUAAAACCGAAUAUUAACUUGUAUAAAAAUUGUAUAUUAAAUCUUUUUAUUAUCAUUUUUCGAUGGAGGCAAAGUGAUAUGACAAUAAAAGAAAAUCGAAAAA